GUAGUCUCUUCUGAUCCUCAAUUAUGUUAUUCACAUAAAAAAAAUUUAUAUAUAUUAGAUGAGGAUGUAAAGAGUGAUCCAUAUACUUCUGCUUGACUUGAGUAACAUCUUCCUUGAAAGUUGUUCAUGAGAAGCAUAAAUAAUAUUUUCUCAUAAGUUUUAUAUUACCACCAAACUUCAUUUGAGGCAUAGUAAGAAGGAGGCAAAAGCUUUGGAAACAUACACCUUGGACUAACCAAAUUUGUACACACUAUUUCAUAUCAAGUAUAUUGACAUCUUGAAGUCACUCUCUAUCUUGAACAAAAAUUUAUUUCAAACACAAAAAGAGAAAAUGGAAGAAAGAACUGAGAUGGAUAAUAAGGUUGAUGAUUUGAUGCCUGGUUUUCGUUUUCAUCCCACAGAUGAAGAGCUUGUUGGUUUUUACCUUAAGAGAAAAAUUCAACAAAAGUCUCUUCCUAUUGAACUUAUUAAGCAAGUGGAUAUUUACAAACAUGAUCCAUGGGACCUUCCAAAGCUGGCUAGUAGUGGUGAGAAAGAAUGGUAUUUCUAUUGUCCAAGGGACAGAAAAUAUAGAAACAGUUCAAGGCCCAAUAGAGUUACAAGAGCUGGAUUUUGGAAGGCCACAGGAACUGAUAGGCCUAUAUACUCAUCAGAUGGAAAAUGCAUUGGUUUGAAGAAGUCACUUGUCUUCUAUAAAGGUAGAGCUGCUAAAGGGACUAAAACUGAUUGGAUGAUGCAUGAGUUUAGGUUACCUUCUAUUUCAGAUUCAAACUCUCCUCCCAAAAAAUUUUCAGAUAAAAGCUUCUCUCCAAAUGAUUCAUGGGCAAUAUGUAGGAUCUUCAAGAAAACUAAUUCCCUUUCAAUGGUACAAAAAGCUUUAUCUCAUCCUUGGAUCUCUCAAUUACCAGGAAGCAUGGUAUCUGAAUUACUCUCACAAACUACAAACAUCAACCAAUUCUGUUCAGAAAAUAAUAUCUCAUGCACAACAGAACAAGCAUUAUCAUCAGGGACAAACAUGCAAAUCAACAAGAAUGAGCUACAACAAGUUUCCAAUACCAACAACUUCUCAGCUUCAGAUUUUCCAACAUACAAACCAAUCAACAACAUUAACACAAUUUCAAAAUCCUCACAAAUUCCUUGUUCUAAUGGAGACAUUGUUGAUAACCUAAUGUUCUACACACUUGAAGCCAAUGGUUCCACAAAGUGCCCAAUUGAUGAUAGUUCAAUUCUUUCCAACACUAACUAUAUUGGUUUUGAAGAUACAAAUAAUCAAUAUAGUGGAUUCUCAAUUAGUCUACCUCAAGAUAUGCAACCAAACAUUGGCUUAGAAAAUGAACAAUUAGAAGACCAAGGUUGGAGGAAGAAUAUUCAAGAUCAAAUGCAACUUAAUCAAUGGGAAAAUAAUCUAGGAAGAACAAUUGAUUUUCCAUUCAGCUUGUCUCCAAAUUUUGAUGCUUUGAGGAAUAGUGUUAUAUGGGAUUCACCACCUUGCACAAGUGAAAUGUCCACAACCUAUGUCACUAGUAAAUGUUACACUUAGGAUAUAUGUUUGGAUUUAUGUGUCAAAUUAAUGUGCCAAAUUAAUGUGCCAAACAUGUAAUUAAAACAAAUUGGGGGUAAUUUAUAGGGGUGAUUAAUUAUAAUUAUCAAUUUUUAACAAUUAGUAUAUUUACCAAUAAAAUCAUUAUCAUGUUCAUUUGGUAGUGAUUUUACUUGUAAAUGUACAUGUUUUAUUGUUUCCUUAUUUGUUUAUAUGUACAUUAUUAAAACCAGUACCACCCUGUAGGAGCAUAGAAAAAGGGCACAAAAUGUAUAAUAGGAAUAUUGUAUUAUAUAUAAGGUCAUGUACAGAGAAAAAUAGAUACAAAGAGAUUCUAAGGCCUUGGCAAAAAAAAAUGUGGUGCUUAAUUUACUUAGGAUUUUUGUAUAAAUUAUUAUCUAUUUCUUUUUGAUAAAUUUUAUGUAAUCUUGUUACAUUAAUUAUUGGUUUAUUAUCUAUAUAUUUAUA